AUGGAAUCCAACCACUUCAAAGUCAUUAUUGUGGGUGGUAGUAUUUCCGGACUCUCUCUGGCUUUGAUGCUGGAGAAGAAUGGCAUUGACUUCAUCGUACUGGAAGGCUACAAGAGCAUUGCACCUCAAGUCGGAGCCAGUAUUGGUGUCUUAUCAAACGGGCUCCGAAUUCUUGACCAACUGGAUUGUUGCCAACCAGUUCUUGAUGCAGCAGAAUACCCCGUCGAUGAGGUCUUCUAUCGUGAUUCCCGAGGGAAGCUAAUCUGGUCUCUUGAGGACUAUGUGAAAGACAUGUCUGAGCGUCACGGCUAUCCUGCAGUCUUCCUCGAUCGUCGUAUGCUGAUAGAGAUUCUAUACGACAAGAUCAAGGAUAAAACCAAAGUUCUUACGUCUCAACGCGUCCAAACCAUUGACAACAAUGAUUCUGGUGUCACCGUGCACACUUUGGCUGGUCAAAAGUUUACCGGAAGCAUUGUCAUCGGCGCAGAUGGUAUUCAUUCAACAGUGCGUCAAGAAAUGUGGAAAGAGGCUCAGAGACUCGAUCCUAAGUGGCUUGAUCCCUCGGAAAAGUCUGCACUUCCUGCAACCUAUGCCUGCAUUUUCGGGAUAUCAGAGGGCGACAAUGGCCCCAAGAAGGGCACGCUCACUUCAGUGGUGAAUGAGCAUUUUUCAUACCUGAUUCCCAGCGGGCCCGGUAAGCGUACCUACUGGUUCCUCGUACAUAACAUGGGGCAAACGUUUUACGGCUCGGAUAUCCCACGGUUCACAAAAGAGGAAGAAGAGGCUCUGGCGAAGGAACAUUGGGAUGAUCAGCUUACUCCCACCCUUCGGUUCUCCGAUCUCUACACUAGCAAGAUUGCCUCGGUCUACACCACACUGCCAGAAUAUGUGUACAAGAGAUGGCAUUUUCAGAGAAUCAUGACCGUUGGAGAUGCUAGUCACAAGUUUGAGCCUUUGACAGGCCAGGGUGGAAACAAUGCCAUUGAAACAUCCGCUUCCUUGACGAACCACCUCGUGGCAGCCCUCCGAGGCUCCAAGACAGGCACGCUGUCGACUGAAGAAAUCUCAAACAUCUUUAAGAGAGUGCAAGAACAACGCGAGGAACGAGUUUCUGGGCUAAUCAAGGCUUCCCAUACACGUCAGCGCUUGGAAUGUAUGGAAACACCUUUGCUGAAGUUCCUUGCAAGCCAGGUGCUUCCAUAUGUUCCCAAGAGCAUACUUCUCCGUCGGUGGAUUCCUGUAUACUCUGCAGGCGUUUCCUUGAACAUGCUUCCCAUGCCACGCAAGCCACGAGAUGUUGCAUACUUCGAUGAGCGAUUCCGGGUGCCGUCCUCUCGUGGCAUAUUCGGUAUAAUUUUGUAUGCUGCAUUCUUCUUCUUGGCUUGGGCGGGACGUCGACAGCUUUGGACAGCUGGAAAAGUCAAUGGAACGUGGAGUCUGGUCCGUGAAGCCGUUCUCGCCCAAACUAUCUCACUCCCGGGGGGCGUCAAAGUGCCUCUUCGCCAGGUUUACACUGGUCUCCAGCCGAUUGACCGAAUCCUGCAAUCCCUUGUGACUGUGUUCUUGCCGGCUGUUUCGAAUUCCUCAGCCCCUGAACAGGCACUUCAAAGCCUUUAUUUCCUUGCCACCAUGCUCCCAAUCAUCGCAAUUCUGACAGUUGAGGGCUACCGACCCAGGAACAGAUGGACACUCCUUGCCAGUCCAGCUCUUUGGGGUGUCUUGUACCAGCUCCGUGGAAUAGGACUGAUCGCACCUAUCUAUUUCGCAAUGAGUAUUUUCCACUCUGCGUCAGUUGGUUAUUUCACUCCGACAAGUCGCACGAUCCCUGUCUCUGUGGCUCAGGCAUUACUUCCUGCUCUGGUACUUGGCUUUGUGCUGCCCACAAUGAUGAUGUUCUUCCCGCUGCAAGACACCUUGAGCUCACGCCAGGUCUUCAUUGCACUAUGGCAGCCGGCGCCGAUUUAUGUGGCUCUCUUGACAGAUAUCGUGUCUCGUGGCAUCAAAUGGCUUGGCCGAUCUGCACCAGUCAGACUUGACGAUCAAUUUGGAACUAGUGUCUGUGGGGAUAUUCCAUACCUGCGAAUUGUCUAUGCAGCGGUCGGUGGAAUUUCUGCAUGCUUCCACUUCGCUUUGAUAUUGAGCUGGAUUGCCUCAGGUUCUGGUUUCAUCACUCGUGCUCUCAUUCCGCUGGAUUCUUUCGGUCAAGUGUCGAGUCUUGCAGACGGGAUAUUCAUAUUUUUCCAGAAUGAUUUCCUGCUGGUUGCUAUUGCAACAAUGCUGUGGUGCUUAACAAGCAUAUGGGACAUGUACCGCAUGGGUAUUUCUAACGUCUCCUGGCAGGUCGGAUGUGUUGGCCUUGUCCUCGCCUGUACAGCGGUUGGGCCAGGUGCCACUGCCGCCGCUGUGUGGUAUUGGAGAGAGAAAACCCUCAGUCGCACCUCUUUUGGUCAGCAUCCUUCGGCUUCAACCUAA